GCAGAUACGUAUCCAUGGCCGAUAUAGUUGACCUUUCACCACUUGUUUCUGAUUCAACAGUGAGAUUUGUAGAUUUUCGGGCUUUUGUGUCCACCUGGUGUGGUAUAAACUUGGAUGUUAUUUGCUCUAAGGACCAAAAUAUACCAUCUCCUUUAUCUGAGAGCCUUUGGCAAUGUGGUUCUCUGUUGUCUGGUUAUUAUGGUAGUUUCAGUGGUUGUUUAUCUGCUUUAGAAGAAGAUUGUAGAACUACAGUUUGGACAUAUCAAAAAGAUGGUGAGGAUGGGGCUUUAGACUCGUUUCAACCUGAUGACCAACUUAAGAAGAAAAAGAAGAUUUCAUUUAUUAGGAGAAGAAAAGAUGUGUAUAAAACUCUUGGUCCUGGUUCUGCCGCAGAAUCAGCGACUGUUUUGGCAUUUGGAAGCCUUUUUACUGCUCCUUAUAAGGGAUCUGAAUCCCAUAUUGACAUUCAUGAAGCUCCUAAUGAUUCCAUCAUACAGACCUUAAUCGAAAAGAUUGAGUUCCUUCCCUUUGUUCCUGAAAUAAUAAAUGCCGGCAAGAAGUUUGCUCUUCAAACUAUCAAGGGUCCAUUUCUUUGUGCACAGCUCAGGCUACUAGAUGGACAAUUCAAGAACCACCAUAAAGCUACUUUUCUUAGUCUGAAGCAGAAGAUAGAAUCCUUGAAGCAAACAGGACAAAAACAAAUCCAUAUAUUUGUGAUGACUGAUCUCCCCAUGGCUAAUUGGACGGGGAAUUACUUGGGGAGCUUAGCUGAAUCAGAUGUUAAGCUGUUUGUUAUUAGAGAAGAUGACGACUUGGUUCAAGAA